AUGUCUUCUCUCUCUCGUCGAGCUUGCUAUAAAUGCGGCAACGUGGGCCACUACGCAGAAGUUUGCUCAUCUGCAGAGCGCCUCUGCUACAACUGCAAGCAGCCCGGUCAUGAGUCCAAUGGCUGCCCACUUCCCAGAACUACUGAGGCCAAGCAGUGCUACCAUUGCCAAGGACUUGGUCACGUUCAGGCCGACUGCCCUACACUGCGCCUCAGCGGCAAUACCUCUGGUGCGCGAUGCUACAACUGCGGCCAGCCUGGACAUAUUGCUCGUGCAUGCCCUAACCCUGUUGGCCCCAUGGGCCGUGGUGCUCCUAUGGGACGUGGUGGCUUUGCCGGUGGCUUUGCUGGCCGUGGUGGAUUUGCUGGUGGCCCUCGUCCUGCUACCUGCUACAAGUGUGGUGGUCCCAACCACUUUGCCCGGGAUUGUCAAGCUCAGGCUAUGAAAUGCUACGCCUGUGGAAAGCUUGGUCACAUUUCUCGCGACUGCACUGCUCCUAACGGUGGUCCUUUGAACACUGCUGGCAAGACUUGCUACCAGUGCGGUGAAGCCGGCCACAUUUCUCGCGACUGCCCGCAGAAGAACGCCAGUGGCGAGAUUGCUCCCGAGGUCGAUAUGAACAGCGUCCCGGCUGCCCAGGCUCCCGUGGCUCCUAUUGCUCCAGUAGCAUAA